AUGCUAACAUUUUGUAGAUGGUUUCGCUCACGUCUCGGUGUCACCCCUGUAGAUGCUAGCCCCCUAUUAUUGUUGCGCUUUGUCUGCCGAGAUGGUUCCGUAGACAGCCCCCCUCCUUCACCGACUGUGUCCUCUAGAUUGGGUGAGAAUCGUCUCUCCGUCCGUACCUUGGUGUUAGACGAGCUCCCACCUCGCCAGUUAGAUCUAUUUUUCCAAUAUGUUGAUUUUGUCACGCACGGACUCAAGAUGCUUCCGCCAGUGCAAUGUCAAAGGGUUUUGGAUGGGUUAGUACGCAAAACCCUUGCGGGGUUCAUCAGCGAUUGUGUAGAUAAUGAGAGCACAAAGCACCAUGCGUUGCGUCCAUUGCUGAAUGUAGUCCUCCUUCAAAAUGUGGGGCCCUUCUGUGGCUGGUUUCAUCAUGGCUAUGAGGAAACCCUCCUGCCAGAAAUUUGCAAAGAGUACUUGCCGGACACACUUUUACACUCAUCUAGCGGCAUGUGGCUACAGCGACGGGCAACUAUUGAACGAGUAAAAAGUGUGGUCUAUAGUCCUCGCCUUAGAAUGUCUCUUGUCAAGCCUUUUGAUGCGGUCUCUUUAGCAGCGCUGAGGGAAAUAAACACUUUUUAUCUACAUAAUCUGUCCGCAGUGUGUACCAGGAACAACUAUGACGAGACAGAACACCUACAACUCAUUCUCUCCAUCGUUGAGGCAAAGCGGAUUCGAAAUAUUGUUCACACACCGUAUAGCAAAUUAUGUAAUACACCCAGUAGUGCAGUGGCCUUGAUGCGCUACAUAUUAUCCAGUGCGGAAACGGGUCUUUGUCUGAAGCAUGAAUUGUUGUCUAACGCAUCGACAUGUUUGCGAGGCAUGUGGCGCGAACUGCAUAAGUUACUAGGGGUAGAAAAAGAGGCUUUAGUUAGCGGCCCUGCCGAGUGGGGUCUUGAGGUAACAUUGCCCACUGGUUGUGCUUUGCUGGACCACACACUUCUCCUCCUGUUUGGUGAUAUUUCACACACAGAUCGCAUGAAGGUGUGGGUUUUGCUAACCACAGAACUCGAAAAAAUGCACACCGUAAUAGCCAAGGAGGGCAAUGUGUUUCUUGAGCAUUUUGACUUGGAUACGGUAGAGUCUUCCGUGGAUGCCGACGGUGAAGUCGGCUUGUAUGACAGUGCUUUCUUCGAUAAUGUUCUUCACGAAACGAGAAAACCGCUAACCCUUCUUAGGUCGAUGCGCUCCCAAGAACGAAAACACUCUGGAAGCUGCUCACUCUCUAAUCCAAACGCCCAUGGAGGGGACUUCUGCACCCCCCUUGUGGGGAUGGGUUUGAAUUCAAACGGGUAUCUAAGUAAAAUGCUCGCCGCGUGUGACAUGCUUUCUUCCAUUCUAAAUUCAUUUUGUGCGGGGAGUGAAACCACGCUUCCUUCUUUAGAGGAAAUGGAUAUCUUUCAAUCAACGCUGCUGCACAUGCGGCACUCAUUGCGGGUGGUUAUUGGACGUCGCUACAUGCUGGCACCACACCCCACAAACUGGUGCGAAUUCGAUCGGCAUCGGGCGCUCCCCUUCCUCGAGGCCCUCUCCGUCUCUCUUUGUAUUCGCAAAAGGUUUGUGGUGCUUGUGCUCGGACUUUCGGACAAAACUACAGAAUAUGAACCAACAAGACCUGCUGCUGUGCGCACCAAUAGCUUUUUGAUUCUCUCGACGCUGUUCCCUGGCUUGACCCCUUCGUUUCUGUACGCUGAGGAACCUCGAGGUGAUUUCCCACCGCAAGCUGGCACUUCUUCUUGGACUUAUUUUUCCUGUAGACAGCAAAAGAUAAACCACAGCGAAGACUGUUAUCUUAGGGUGACUAGUACGCACGUCAAUAAAAUAAAGCAAUUAGCCACAAAAAAUGCCCAUGAGAGUGUGGCACUUGGACUCAUUUGCACAGAAAAUGCUGCUGUGGAAGAUGUCUUUCCUCUUGAAGAGUGGUGUCACAGAGUAUUCACGUUAGUCCUGCGUCCCUAA